AUGAACGGCUGUUAUUCAUGUGCUCGCGUCGGAAGCGCUGGUCUUAGCGUGACGUUGCUCGUGUGCCCCAUCUUCACAGUGAUCUGCCGACGGAAAUCUCCUCGCAUGUGUGCCAUUAUUGGGGGCAUGAUUUCGUCUCUUGGUUGCCUCUUUAUGGCCUUUUCAAACCAAAUGCAACACAUGUACAUCAGUCACAGCCUAGUGUUUUCCGUCGGGUGCGGAAUUACGUCUACAACGGCCAAUAUCAUGCUCGGUCGAUACUUCUGCCGACGACGAGAGAUUGCUGAAUUGAUAGCCAUGACAGCAAUAGGUGUAGGAGCAACCAUUAUGUCCGUCCUAUUCCGGCUGCUCAUAAGGCAAUUGACAUGGACCCGCGCAUUACAAAGCAUAGCUGGUAUGCAAGUACUGACAAUAUUUGCUGGGUUUCUAUACCGAUCUGCUUCUUUAUAUCAUCCUCGUCGGAAGAUGCUUUUACACAUCAAAAACCAAAUGAAGACCAGACGCGAUCGAGAGGCACAAAAGCCUCCUUAUUUUGACUUUCAAGCAUUACGAAUGCGUGCUCUACUAAUGAUGUUAAUCAUCGUGGCUCUCGUUGGUCUUGGUAUCCACGUUCCAUUUAUAUUACUGCUACUUACAGCAUCCCAACACAACGUUAGCGACCACAAUCUUUUACUGUUGAAUAUCUACCUGUGCACGGGUUUCGUUGCCGGAUGUUUCGGCUUCGGUUAUGUAAUUAUACGUCAAAGUAAAGAGUGUUUAAUCUCGAGGCGUCACCUAUGUCAAACAGCUGCUCUUUCUGCCGGUUUACUCACUGUCCUUCUGCAGUUGGCCGAUCAUCUCACAGUUCAUGCCCUUUAUGCCUGUGGGUAUGGAAUUGCUUGUGGAGGUUACUAUUACAGCCUGAAGAUGUAUAUCUAUCAGUUGGUUAAGGUGAAAAUAAUGGAGCGAGCCUGGGGUUUUACUUGUGCAGCCCAAUCUAUUUCCACUUUGGCUGGAACUUUUACAGCUAUGUAUUUGAAUGAAUCGUACGAGUCUACAUCGGCCGGUUAUAUUUUUGCUGGAUCCGCUAUGAUUCUAGGAGGAUUCUGCAUGUUUUUUAUGCCGAUCUUCGAACGACAUCCCAGCAACCAAGAAGUAAUCGACAGUUAUCCGAGCACUGUUAGUCAGAAUGUUUCUGAAGCUGUAGCUUUGUUGGAUAUCGAUGUUGGUGAUGGCAUGAUGGACAAACCUCUGGAAAACAUCCAGUACGUUGUCUGUCCUGUACAUUUAAAAAGCUCCGAAAAAGACGGCAACAAAACACAACUGCAAUGUUUAAUUCAACAGAAAAACAAACAAAAACAAAUAAUUCUCUCCAGGAUAAACGAGGAGAAAGAUGGCUUCCAUUUGGACUUGAAACAAUUAUCGCCGGUUUCGGCUAUCACUAAAAUAUCUGAAUUCCUUAACAGCCGCAAAGAAGGGUCGAAAAAGGAUACCAGUAGCAUGUGUGGUGUGUUGCACGAGAUCGGUUCGGACAGCAUCGUGUCGAAUCGAUCGGAGCGGUCGAGUAAAGACCAAUCACGGCGUAGCAGUGAGAAGAGGUUUAGAAGUAAAGGAUCGGAUGUGGGUCGGGAUGAUGGGAGUGAUCCUCCGAGUGUCGAGAAGGAAUCAACGGCCACUGUGUCAUACGAUAGUGAUCUUUAUGUUAACCUUUGUGAAGCUCAAGUUUAAAACCCACCAACCCCCACAAUCCCCUCCUAACUCCAAAUAUUCGCACAUUAGCCGGCCCCCAUUCCCCCCACCGCACCGGAGGUCCUUUUGCACACCUACCUUAUUAUUAUUAUUAUUAUUAUUAUUAUAUUAUUAUUAUUAUUAUUUGUUAUGUAACCUGCAGAAAGAAAACACAAUUUCGUUUAUUUGGUUUAAUUAAAUAUUUCCUAAUUA